CAGAGAGAGGAAGAGAGAGGGUGGAGAGAAGACGAAAAGAGAAAGGGAAAGAAAGAGAUGGAGAGGAGAGGCGAAAAGUGUGUGAGGGAUAGAAACAAGUGAGAGAAGUUGGUGUAGAAAUCAACUAUUAGACGAUACAGUUCUGUGUGAUCAGCUGGUCAGCGGACUCACCGGGGGGAUUAUGUCCAAACCUUCGUCCAACGUUAAGGCCCUUCAGGCUAAUUUGAACAUCCCGAUGGGAGCUCUGCGUCCAGGGGCGGGACAUCCUGUGAAGAGGAGAGAGGAGACGGUAGACACAGAAGAGGCUCAUUCACCAGAGCAGCCCAGCGCUGCCGCCCAGACGCCGGAGGAGAAGAAAGCCUUGCCGGGUGCCGUGAAGCUACCUGGUCCUGCUGUUAACCUGUCAGAGCUGCAGAACGUCAAGAGUGAACUACGAUGGGUCACCAAGGAUUAACAUGACGCUCCAGCCAGGCGGAGAGGAAGACAGAUAAUCUUCAUAGACACAGACUUGCUCACUGCUGCUGAAGACUGGAGCAAAAAAGACCCAACCGACAUGUUUGGAAACACUAACUGCCCUCUGAAGCUAAGCUCAUAUUAGCUCUCCUCCGAUCAGUAAUCUAACAAUAAAAUCGGCUAAUCUUGCAAUGCAAGCUGAUGCUGUUUUGUCACAAAAUUUGUACAGAGAGAAUAUUCUGACUCUUUUCUGCUCUACUCUAGUGAUAUGUGUUACAGUCACAGCAUAAUUUUCUUAGAUUUUUAAGUCAAUGCUUUGGGAGGACAACUGCUGACAAUCAAUGUAAAUUAAAGGAAUCCUCGUCUAACUCUGUGGUGACCAACUUGAAAGACACUUCAGCCAUUCAGCACUGAUUUAGACUGAUGCUUUCUAAUUAAUGGUUCCUUUCUGAAUGUUGUUCAUAAUAACUGCUGGGGUUUAAGAUCAAUUGUACUGCUUUUUUUUUGGGUGGGGGGAAUGGCAAUGUGUUUGUUGUUUACUGUUAUGAUUCCCAGAAAAUGAUUAUCAUCAGAAAAACACUGCAAUAAAUCAGGAUGGUUGUAAAAAUCA